UACAUUUUUUAUUACUUCUACUUGUUAAUACAAAAUAUAUAUUUGCGUUGGAAAAUCCAAACAAUAUAUAUAUAGUAUAUACUACAUAAAUUCGAAUAUAUUUAUGUUCAUUAAAUUAAGCUCACUAUAUCUCUUAAGUAGGAGAAGAGAUAGAAGAGCCCCUAAGAAUCCAUGGCUAAAACACCCACAAAAUUCUUGCUAAUUUUCCCUACUUCUCUUAUUUUAAUCUUCUUCUAUUUAUCUUUUUUCCCUCAAAAACAUCAUCUUAACAUCAGUUUUCUUUCUAAGCUACUUUUGCCACCUCCAUCUAAUCCUCUUGUUAACGUUACUAAUCAUACACAUAAUGACAUUUCAACUGUUACCAUGAUAGUAAAGGAAGAAGAAAAAGAAAAGAAGAAGAAAAUGAACAUAAGCAAGAGUAGUUUCAAUAAGCUUGAAGAUGGAUUGGCUCGAGCUCGAGUCGCGAUCCGAGAAGCUGCCCGGAGCCGGAGUUAUGAGCCGGAGGAAGAGGAAGAUUUCCUUCCUAGAGGUCUAGUUUACCGGAAUCCAUAUGCUUUUCAACAGAGCCACAAAGAGAUGGUAAAAAGAUUCAAGAUAUGGACUUACAAGGAAGGGGAACCACCUUUGGUGCACCAAGGACCAAUGAGCUACUUUUAUGGCAUCGAAGGGCAUUUCAUUCAAGAAAUGGAGGAUGGGGAGAUGAGCUCAAUGAGCAAGUUUAUAGCUAGUAACCCUAAUGAGGCGCAUGUCUUCUUUCUACCCUUUAGUAUCGUUAAUAUGAGGACAGCUUUUUACAAGCCCCUCGAUUAUGAUCGUGCACCUAUCAAUAAUGUGGUGUUAGACUAUAUUAAUGUGGUGGCUAUGAAGUAUCCUUAUUGGAAUAGAAGUCUUGGGGCUGAUCAUUUCAUGCUCUCCUGCCAUGAUUGGGCACCAGAAAUAUCCUUUGCCAACCCAAAAUUGCUCAAGAAUCUUAUAAGAGCACUUUGUAAUGCCAAUACAUCCGAGGGAUUUCUACCAAUGAGGGAUGUUCCAAUCCCAGAGAUUAACGUUCCAGCUAGACAAUUAAACCAACCAAACUUGGGUUUACCAAUAAUUAAGCGUCAAAUCUUUGCAUUUUUUGCUGGUGGAAAUCAUGGUUAUGUUAGAAAGUUUUUAUUUCAACAAUGGAAAGAAGAUGAAGAAAUUCAACUUUAUGAACAACUUCCCAAGAAUCAAAAUUACUUUGAAAUGUUGGGUAAAAGUAAAUUUUGCUUAUGCCCUAGUGGUCAUGAAGUAGCAAGUUCAAGAAUUGUUGAAGCUAUUCAAGCAGAUUGUGUACCAGUUAUUAUCAAAGAUAAUUAUUCAUUUCCAUUUAGUGAUGUUCUUGAUUGGACUAGAUUUUCAAUUUUUGUUCCUGUGAAAAAAAUUCCUGAGAUUAAGAUCAUCUUAAAAGGAAUUUCUUCAAGAGAGUAUAUGGAGUUGAGAGAUGGAGUAAAGAGUGUUAAGUGGCAUUUUACAAUUAAUAGACCUUCUAAACCAUUUGAUUUAAUUCAUAUGGUGUUACAUUCUGUAUGGUUACGAAGGCUUAAUAUAAGAUUGUAGUAUUAGUAAUUUCCAGAAUUGUUUGUCAUAUUAUAUAAUAUAUAUAGAGAAUAUCUCUUGUAACCAUAGUAAAUUGUAUGUUUUUUUGGAUGCAAAUAGUAAAUUGUGUGUAGUACAACUAAAUUCUUAUUAAGCGUUGUAAAUUGUAUAUGAUUAUAUUGUCUUAUUCGAGAGUUACUGCCUAAAAUUUAAUUUUUUUUAAUAUUGUUUUGUUCAUAUUCGAGUAAAAUUAAAUGAGUUAGUCUUUUAUUUCUAGGGAGACAUUAUGUGAUAAAAGCAGUGUUUGUACGUGAUAUAUUUCGCUUAAAACUAUAAAAUUUUAAGAUGAUGUCUGACUUCGAUUGUUAGAAUCGACAAUAUAAUCAAUAAUAUAUUCGCGAGCAAUAAUAACAAAGAAAUAACAUAAGAAACAACAAAAGGAUUACACAAUAAGAUUUAAUAUGAAAAUCCGAGAACAGAAAAAAAAAAAAAAAAAAAAAACCACUUAACAAAGUAUUAGGACUUUCAAAGAUGAAUAUGCUAUGGUGACUUUCAAGUGGGGACUAAUGAACACACACUUGACAAUGUAGUUCCACCCCUAGGAUUUGAAUGGGCUAGUUCGAAGCUAGUUGUUGGUUAGCAUCUCGAGUAUUCUC